AUCAAGGAGCACGUCAGAGACGACGAACCGUCCUCACGAUUGUCACCAGCUCCCUUCGUCUUUCUCAGCUUCUCGCUCUUAAAAGGAAAAGAAAACCCUAGGCUCUGUGAGGAUCGAUCGGCGUGACAAUGGCAAACAGCAAUCUUCCCCGAAGAAUCAUCAAGGAAACUCAACGUCUGCUCAGUGAACCGGCUCCCGGGAUAAGUGCUUCUCCAUCUGAGGAUAAUAUGCGGUACUUCAAUGUUAUGAUCCUCGGCCCUACGCAGUCUCCUUAUGAAGGAGGCGUUUUCAAGUUGGAGCUCUUUCUGCCUGAAGAAUAUCCAAUGGCAGCUCCCAAGGUUCGUUUUCUCACCAAGAUAUACCAUCCUAACAUUGACAAGCUGGGAAGGAUUUGCCUUGAUAUCCUGAAAGAUAAGUGGAGUCCUGCACUACAAAUAAGAACAGUGCUCUUGAGCAUCCAAGCUCUUCUAAGUGCACCGAACCCAGAUGAUCCACUGUCCGAGAACAUAGCUAAGCAUUGGAAGACAAACGAGGCGGAAGCCGUGGAAACAGCAAAGGAAUGGACGCGCCUCUAUGCAAGCGGAGCAUGAGCAUAUAUAUGAUCAUGAUCGGGCGAAAGAGAAGCCGAGAAUAAAUAUUCCAUGGCGAAAUAUAUAUAUAUAUAUAUAUCCCAUCAACAAGUGAAGGAAAACAUAUAUAUAUACAUAUAUGGGUUUCUGGUUCAUCCUGCCCCCUUUUAAGGUUGUUUUCUCAUGUAAACAUCACUGAAUAUGUAUGGAUGAUUAGGGUUAAGACUCAACUUUAUCCAUAUUUGCAAUUGUAAAACUCUCCAAUUGAUGGGGGGCAUCCUUCCUUUU